AUGUCGACUACUACCUUGAUAGCGAAGGUCGGAGGCCCACGGCUCACCGCGUCGCAGUUCUGGACUACCAUCGCGUGCGUUCAAAAGCUUAAGUUCGGUCCAGUUACGAUUCCGAAACCGUGCGAAUGGUGUCACAAUCUUCGUGUCAAACAAACGCCCGUCAAGGCUGGGUACCAGCGCACCGAGUUCCGUACCUUCAUUCGCUCAAAGCAUGACUUUGAGACUGGUUCCGCCGAUGGAUGCCGCUGGUGUACUGCUAUUGUUCAAACUCUUGACCGUCUUAAACUAUCUCCUUUACAUUGUCAGCGAGUUGUUCUCUUCAUGUUCAAGAGAGGAGGUUGUCAGCUGAGCGUGCCCAUGGCACGUGUCACUGUACAAUUCUACACCCCUACUGGAUACCCUCCUGUCUGGGAUGGCAUCACACAGGGCUACGAGAUGAGUACCUCUGGAGAUGUUGAUCAAACGGCUGAAUUCAUUCGUUGCUGCAUCCGGAACUGUGACGAAAACCACCCUUUCUGCAAGCCUCAAUCCCCAACGAUGCCAACAAGAGUCAUAUAUGUCGGCAAUGCGGAAGAUACCCAGGUACGACUGGUUGAAACCGCUGGCAUUCACCCAACUCCCUACACCGCGCUCAGUUACUGUUGGGGCAAGAGCGGGAAUUUUGUGACCACAAAAGGAACUAUCGACGAUCACAAGAAAGUCCUCAAUGUAGAUGACUUUCCACAGACGGUCAGAGACGCUGUGAAAAUCACAAGAGGGCUUGGCUUGAAAUACCUCUGGGUAGAUGCGAUUUGUAUCAUUCAGGACUCCGCUGAAGACUGGGAAAAGGAGGCCUCGAAGAUGGCUUCCGUAUACAGUGACGCAUAUUUCACCAUUUCCGCUGCAACAGCUCACACCUCUACUGAGGGGUUCAUCUCUCAGAAACACGAGGUGGCCCUUCAACAACAGCCAUUCCGUAUGAAAUGGCGCACCGAUCGAGGCAAGCUGUCCAUACUUGCAGCUCGAGUCAUUCCAGAGGCAGAUGAUCAUGUGAAAACCAUUACUGGAGAUCGCAAGCCGAAGCUUCCGCUCAUGACGAGAGGUUGGACUUUGCAGGAGGAACUUCUCUCACGCAGGACUGUGACAUACACAGAACAUGAGUUGUGGUGGACCUGCCAAACUGAGAGAGACUGCGAAUGCCACACCUUCAAAGAAGUUUCUACAAACACCCAGACGACUUUAUUUUCCCCCAAAGAUAUGACCAGUCCGCAUGUUGCGUUUGGACAGUGGCGUGAUAUUGUCAGCGAAUUCUUUCAACGUCAACUUACGUUUGGAAGUGACAGACUACCUGCGUUGUCGGGUCUGGCAACCGUUUUCCAACAGAAGACAGGGUCUCCUUACAUUGCCGGACUCUGGAAAGACAAACUCAUCAACGACCUUUUGUGGUACACUCCAAAGAGAAGAAUCGAGGAGUUGGAUGAUGCGAAUACCCAAGACCGGGUCAACUGCCACAUACCAACAUUCUCAUGGGCAUCAGCUGGUGGCCAGGUCGACUUUUUCAAAGGACCGUAUGCUGAACCAGGUUCAAAGGCAAACCAGUGGGUCUCUAAGGCUGUCGCUGUUGAUGCCAGCACUACUACCAGCAACAAUAACCCGCUAGGAAAUGUGACGGCCGGUUACAUUACUUUGCGUGGUCGGAUCUUCCAAGCGACCCUCGAAGUAGUUGCCACACGCCGUGGCAGGUUUAGGUCGUAUGGAAUCAAGAAUAACGGAGACUCGGUCGAGUUCCAUCCCGAUGCACGUCUGGAGAGGUUCCAGUUGGGCUUGAACGAUACCAUGAAGGGGGAAGAUGCCGCGGUUCGUCGCUCGCCAGCUCGCUCUGAGGUUAAGCCGGCUGACACAGAGUCGCCACUCAUAUUGCUCCAUCUUGGAGACUGGGCUGUCGCUGAGGAAAAGCUCGUAGACAUGACCUAUCUUGUUUUAGGAAGAUCUCCAGCGGAUACAAGCACAGCCGACGCAUCCCACGGGAACCUGAAGAAGCUUAACCGGUGA